CUCUCCACUCGUGUUCUUCAAAAGAAGGGAAGGCAAGAUGAAGAGCUCUUUGUUGCUGUGCGUGGCCUUGGCCGUCUCCUUGGGGUUCAUCCUUGUGGCAGGUUUUCCACUGGACUCUGAGGAUGAGCACGUGCUGGUCAAUAACAAGUGUCAGUGUGUAACAGCGACCUCAAAGUUGGUCCCCUCCAAAGACAAUCCCGGUGAAGAAAUCCUGGAGAGAAACAUACGCAUCAUGGUCCCCCUGAUGGCUCGAGAAAACAUCUCCGACCCCAUGUCCCCACUCAGAACCACUUUUGUCUACCGCAUGACUGAACUCUGCAAAAAAUGCGAUCCUGUAGAAGUUGAGCUGGGUGGUGAGGUAUACCAGGCCCAGCAGAGCACCUCCUGCAAUGAACCUGAAACCUGCUAUACCUACAACAGGAACAAGUGCUACACCACAACCUUCCCAUUCCUCUACCACGGGGAGGUGAAACACGUUCCAGCAGUUCUGACGCCGGCAUCCUGCUACGCCGAUUAGCUCAAUCCACUGCUGUACUGAUGCCUUGCUGCACUCAGUGUUCCUAUUGAAAAUACAUGUAUAGCACCGUAGUACCUGGAUGACAGUGUCCAAAAUAUCAGCUCCCGGAGUAAUGCCAACUUGCCUUUUCAUAUUGUUUUUAACAUCCAAUGAGUGCCAUCUCCCAAGAGCAGCUAAUGGUUGCUAUAGAGUCUGUUCUCAUAACCCCAGCACUUAUCUGCAAUGCCAUUAUUAUAUAUCUCGGACAUAUCCCUGUAUAAACCAGGUCCUCAGAUGUAAAUCAGUAAUUCCUUUGACCUCAAGGCAACUGCAUCCGUUUACAACACUGGGGAACCUGUCUUUUUUAGAGUCUUCCAUCUGACUUUAUCUGAGCAAGUCUGCCACGGACAUCAGCAGGAAUGUCCAUGUACUUCCUUCUCUCCCUGAACCAUCUUAAGCAAACCUCUGCACAACCUUUAUAAAAAGCCCUUUGAUUACACUAGCAGAAUUUUUGCCAUUAUCAGAAGUCUGUCAUACAAUCUGAUCUGACAGAAAAGAUGACAGAUGAGACCAAGAAUUCAGAUUUCAAAGUUAUUUCAAAGCAAUUGGGCAUUCUAGACCAUUCUAGCACUUUGACCAUUGCAAGCUUCCAGUUUUCUCCUAUGUUUAGAGAUCAAAUGGUGCCGCUACCCUGAAGUGUUUGGCAAAGUUGCCAGGACCUCAGCUGUGCCAGAAACAGUAAAUUCUUCUACAACAUAUUAGGUAUUUCACUUUCCAACUUAUUUCCUGAUAUUGAUACCUAUUUCCAGCUCUGCUCCCAGUUCAAUCGAUAAAAAAACACCCAAGCUGGUUUUAAUUUCUUUUCUUCCUCAUGUUGCAUUUAGAGCUGCAAGAAAUUCCAUGAAGCUGACUCAACUGCAAGAGCAGGACCCUAGUUAGGGACUGAUUCCUUCUUUCACACCAGCGGUCUCUUUCUUACAAGAAACCCUCACCAAAUAAGGGCGCUGAUUCUUUAUUGCACCUUACACUGGGUAUUGCCCAUGGAGACACCAUGUGUAUAAGUGCAUCAGGUGUCCAGCAUUACAUUUGGGAUGGCUGGUAUGUUUGUCACUGUUGUCACAAGUUUAUUGUAAAGCCUUCAGCUGUUCUGACAAGUCCUUAUCUGGCUUCACACAUAAUUGGAAUAAUGAAACAGCAAAAACCUUAUUCCCAUAAUAGUAGCUUUGUUAGUGAAACGUUAAAUAAACUUUUUU